UGGCCAUGUGUGGUUGAAUUGUUAGCUAUAUAAUCCUCGAUAGACGAAAUUUAAUAAAAUCCAUUCAUAUAAUGAAUUUUCCCAAUACAAUUCACAUUUAACGUAAUGUUUAAUGUUAAUCGACCCUAACAGUUACCAUAACGACGAGAAAUGUAAUGUCUUAAUACUUAACCUCUAUUCAAAAUUAUAAAAAUUUUAUUGUUGAAAAUGAAUAAUUAUAAAAUAUUAGGAAGGGCCGGUGAAGGCGCAUACGGUUUCGUAUUUAAAGGUGUUGAUUUGAGGACAGCAAAUUUAACGGCACUCAAAAAAAUAAAUGUAAAUCAAGUUGGUUGUCCCAAGUCCGUUAUAAGAGAAAUAUUAGCGUUACGUUUUUUGAGACAUAAAAAUAUUGUGAAGUUACUAGAUUUCAUCUCGUUGAAAACUUGUAUGGUUUUAGUAAUGGAAUAUUUACCGACGACAUUAUACGACAUCUUAAGUAAAAAUGAUUUAGUAUUAUCAUUAGGACAAGUGAAAGCUUACACCAGAAUGCUGUUGAAAGGAGUAAAUUAUAUGCACCAAAAUCAUAUAAUGCACCGAGAUUUAAAACCAGCUAAUUUAUUAUUAAGCAAAAACGGCAUAUUAAAAAUAGGCGAUUUUGGAUUGGCGAGAAUAUAUGAUCACGAAAAACGACGAUUAUAUUCACAUCAAGUUGCGACGAGGUGGUACAGAUCACCGGAGUUGUUAUAUGGAUCAAGAACUUACAAUUUGUCAGUGGAUAUGUGGUCUGUUGGAUGUAUAAUAGCGGAAAUGGUCGAAGGGAAACCGCUAUUUCCGGGAGAAACAGACAUAGAGCAAUUAGCUAUGGUAUUAGGAACUCUAGGAACUCCAAACAAUAAAACAUGGCCGGGCUUGACGCAGUUGCCAGAUUUCAAUAAAAUAUCAUUUACUUAUGCAAAACCUCAACCAUGGACGUCGGUAUUACCAGAAGCAGAUUCGGGGACAAUAGAUUUAAUAAGUAAAAUUUUAAUAUACGAUCAGAACAAAAGAUUGACGGCAAAAGAGGCGCUGAAUGACAGAUACUUCAAACAGUAUCCGUUACCUUGUAAACUAUCCCAAAUGCCGAAAAUAGAUGAAAUCGAAACAAAUGAAUCGCCCUGUGAUUUUUCGGAAUUUGAUAUUUACGAAACGUCGAACGAAGACAGUUUAUAAACUGGAGGCGGUGAUUCAUCUAAAGCAAAAAAUAGUCUUUCAAACUUACGGUUUUAAAAUGGAUUUUGUAUAAAAUUUUUCAAGUUUAAUAUAGUUUACGCCAAACAAAUAAAAAAAACUUUAUAUACUACGGGAAUCCAAUAAUAGCAUUGCCGUGAGCGGAGCUUCCGUAGUACACUUUUCUUAAGCGAGGCGUUAACAAAUCUACGCCGUCUGUGAUAUCGACGUGGCUCGUUCUGUUCGUUUGCAAUGAUUGUUUGUUAACGCUAAUUUGUUCUUUUUUCGUUUUCAUGAUGUUCUGUACGAUCCAGUAUUAUAGAUUUAGUUCGAUAGUUUUUAUGGGGAGAAUAUUUCAAUUAAUGGAGACAUAAAAUUAAGGCAAAUCAUUAUGUGUGCGCUUGCCUAAUCUCUAGGAGCAGCGUAGCUCCGCUAGAGACGACUAGACAUUCGAGAACUGUUCGUUUCGUUGUCCGAGGAAUAACGACUCAACUCCAUACAAAACGUCUCGCCUGGGUCCGUAUAAGUAAGAAAUAGGAGGGGUGAUGUGAUUUUCAUGUUCUAACCUAAUCAAACUCAGACCGACACAAAUUUCAAACGAACUGGAAUACAUGAAGUAAAAUAAAAGUCAAGAUGAUAGCACUUCAAAAUGUCAUUGGCAGGACCUUUCGUAAUAACAAAAAAAAACAGUUUCAGCAGACAGUUGCUACAAAAAUAAUUGUAGAGUCAGGAUUCUUUAACAAGCGGGUGUCCUGAACAGUAUGGUUAUAAAAAAAGGUGACUUGGAAUUCUCUGAAUCAGGCAUCGGACAGUCAGGGGCCGAAGGAUUAUUGUUUUAUUGAGGAAUUUGUUCGGCAAAACGGUAUAAAAAAUGUGCGGGUAUUACAUGUCUACCUAUUUCUAAAUGCGAAGGUAUGUGGCGUGAUCGCCACUUGCCUUAGGAUUUUACCAGCUUAAUUCCGUUUUUCAAAAUUGUUUACAUUUGUUUGAAGGUGAACUGAAAAAUUUCCAAUAAACACGAGUAAAGGCAACCACGACUACUAAAGCUUGUUGUUUGGGUUAUUUACCUCGCAGGAAACGAUUAAAUCUAUAAUUAUUUAAUGUAAAUCCAACAGACGUCAAUUUCUAAUGCAAUUCGUAAGCGAAGUGGAAACACAGCACACAUGCUUGGCAUACGAGAAACUAUGUUAGCACUUCCAAUGCGAUUCAAUGCUAAAUUAGAAUUAGAAGUAGUGUUUCUGGAGAAGAAAUUCAUCGUUUUAUUUGGAUCCUUAUUAAAUCAAAAGACGGCUUGAUUAAACUUAACCUCAAAAAACUAGUUCAAAGACACAUGUCUCCACUGUACGCAAAGUCAAAAUGGGCCAAUUUUAUGUGGUAGUCCCACUUUGCACUUCAUUCGAGAAUUACAUUAGGAAUGUACCUUGAGUGAAAAAAGAAUAGGGUAUAGCACCCUUAGCGAAUUCUACUAGCCGCGAAUGAUAGAAUUAAUGUAAGAAUUUAUUUCAGAAUUGUAUUUAGAAUAUAUGUCAAAAUUAAUGUCAGAAAUGAUGUCAUUAUUAAUAUCUGAGUGGAUGUCAGAAUAGAUGUCAAAACCGAUGUCAGAAUUGUAUUUAGAAUUAAUGUCAAAGUUGAUGUCAGAAUAUAUGUCAAAAUUAAUAUCAGAGUUGCUGCCAAAAUUAAUAUCAGAGUUGCUGUCAAAAUUAAUGUCAUAAAUGAUGUCAUUAUUAAUAUCUGAGUGGAUGUCAGAAUAGAUGUCAAAACCGAUGUCAGAAUUUAUUUCAGAAUUGUAUUUAGAAUUAAUGUCAGAAUAUAUGUCAUAGUUGAUGUCAGAAUAUAUGUCAAAAUUAAUAUCAGUUGCUGCCAAAAUUAAUAUCAGAGUUGCUGUCAAAAUUAAUGUCAGAAAUGAUAUCAAUAUUAAUAUUAGAAUGGAUGUGAGAAUGAUGGCAAAACUGACGUCAGAAUUGUAUUUAGAAUAUAUGUCAAAAUUAAUGUCAGAAUGUAUGCCAAAACUGAUAUAAGAAUUUAUUUCAGAAUUGAUGUCAUAAUUUAUUUUAGAGUUGAUGUCAAAAUUAAUGUCAGAAUUUGCUCAAAGAAAGAGGGGAGUCCUGAAUAUUUUUGUAAUUUUAGAUGCAAAAUUCGAAGGUUUGUGUCAGUUUUGUUACCAUUUCAUGGAACUCUUUUAUACGUAUGUGCCUUCACGGACAAUGGACUGGUAACAGUGCUUCGAAGUUUAGCAAUCUGAAUCUCAAUACUUGAAAAGUACUUGGCAAAAAUACGGUACACACAACACAUUACUAUUGGUCGGUUGCAAUCAGAUAGUCAAACAGGAGCGCUGCCAAUUUUAACAAUCAAUUCAACAGAAAAUCUCCGUUCGUUUCGAACCGAUUGGGCGAGAAUCUUUCUUAUGUAAAAAGACAACACAAGAGGGGACGGCUUGACUUGUUGUCAAAUAGGUUAUUUUAACUCUUAUACUUUUGUUAUGGAUUCAAGUUUAGUGAUAACUUUUGAGGGCCUAAUCUGGAAACUAUUUUUUUGGAAUAUGUUUGGUAAUGAGAUCAAUCUACAAAAAUAUAUUUUUUGGUCAAUGCAAGGAUGUGCCAACUCAAUACAGAAGGGGGCACUAAACAGAUAAAUUUUAACGAUUCAUAUUGAAUAUCCACGCUUUUAGAACAAUAUUUUCUUUUAUUCUUAUACUUUUUUGACCAGUUAAUCUAAUUAACUAUUAGAUCAUGUUUUUUACUAUAACUUGUUGAAUAGAAACUUCUUAUAAAUAAAAGUUAACUGUUAAGAAA